AUGAAUCUGCGUUCGGUAUUUACUGUAGAGCAACAAAGGAUUUUGCAGCGUUAUUAUGAAAAUGGGAUGACAAAUCAAAGUAAAAAUUGCUUUCAGCUCAUAUUACAGUGUGCGCAAGAAACUAAGCUGGACUUCAGUGUAGUCAGGACUUGGGUUGGCAACAAGAGAAGAAAAAUGAGCAGCAAGAAUGCCGAAUCUGGCUCCUCAACCCCAGGGACUAUACCUGGUACGCCCCAGGCAUCUCCAGACAUAGCUGUCAGAAACAUCGUCAGCGUCAAUGCUACUCGACCCCCAAGCCAGCAGUCUUCUUGGGCAACCUCUAAUAAUGAUGUCAUAGUGACUGGUAUCUAUAGCCCAGCUAGUUCAUCCAGUAGGCAAGGAUCCACCAAGCAGACAAAUGUUCAAAUGGCAGAAACUCAUAAAAUCCCCAUUCAGAGAGCCUUGGGGAAAAAUGAGCCUGAAUUUCAGCUGCAUGUUCCUGUGCAGAGGCAAAUGGCCCACUGUAAAAAUGCUUCGUUGCUCCUGGGUGAAAAAACGAUUAUUUUGUCAAGACAGACCAGCGUACUAAAUGCUGGAAACCCUGCGUAUAACCAGGCCAAGAAAAACUAUGGAGGUGCCUCAGUCCAAGCUGCUGAAAUGCCAUUACCUCAGAAGUCAACAGCAUGCCACCGACCUUGCAAAACAGAACCAGGAGGGGGUCAAAGGUCAUAUAAACCCGAGCAUUCAAGUCUCAUGCCACACAGCUCAUCGGGACAAAGGGGAAGUGCCAGAGACCCUUACUGUAGUGCCCAAAACCUAGAAAUCCGGGAAGUGUUUUCGUUGGCCGUUAGCGAUUAUCCACAAAAAAUGCUUGGAGGGAACACCUCACACAAGCCUAGCUCAGCUGAAGGGAAUUACCUGUCCAUUGCUAUGGAGACAGGUGAUGUUGAUGAUGAAUAUGCCAGAGAAGAAGAGUUGGCCUUGAUGGGAGCCCAAAUCCCAAACUACUCAAGGUUUUAUGAAGGCGGUUCCCUUCGAGCCGAGAACCAAAGUGCAACUUUGCCUGGACCAGGGAGAAAUAUGGCAAAUUCACAAUUAGUGAAUGCCAGAGACUUGCCUGACAAUGUACUCUAUCAUAGAGACUACCACUUGGCACCACGGACCUCAUUGCAUACACCAUCCAGUACACUGUAUAGCAGUGCUAAUCCAUCACGAAGUAAUUUUUCUCCACAUUUUGUAUCAUCAAACCAAUUGAGGCUAUCACAAAACCAAAAUAAUUACCAGAUUUCAGGAAACCUUACUGUGCCUUGGAUUACAGGGUGUUCUAGAAAAAGAGCACUCCAGGACCGCACCCAGUUCAGCGACCGAGAUUUAGCCACCCUCAAGAAAUACUGGGACAAUGGCAUGACAAGCUUGGGCUCUGUUUGCAGAGAGAAAAUUGAAGCAGUUGCUGCAGAAUUAAAUGUUGACUGUGAAAUAGUGCGGACUUGGAUUGGGAAUCGAAGAAGAAAAUAUCGUUUAAUGGGGAUUGAAGUUCCACCUCCCAGAGGCGGCCCUGCUGACUUCUCGGAGCAGCCUGAGUCGGGCCCUUUGUCUGCACUAGCAUCAGGAGAGGAAGCUGGGCCCGAGGUAGUGGAGGAUAACGACAGAAAUGAUGAAGUGUCCAUCUGUUUAUCUGAAGGAAGCUCUCAAGAAGAACCCAGUGAAGCAGUUCCAAAUGAAGCCAGUAGGCACAAGGAAGAAGACCCCAGCGCAGUGUCCACAGACAACGUGAAAAUAGAAAUAAUUGAUGAUGAAGAAAGUGAUAUGAUAAGUAAUUCAGAAGUGGAGCAAAUGAGUUCUCUCUUGGAUUAUAAGAACGAAGAAGUCAGAUUCAUGGAAAAUGAGUUAGAGAUUCAGAAACAAAAGUACUUUAAACUCCAGGCAUUUGUGAGAAGCUUGAUACUAGCCAUGAAAGCGGACGAUAAAGAACAACAGCAGGCCCUGCUGUCAGAUUUACCUCCUGAAUUAGAAGAGCUGGAUUUCCAUCACACCUCGCCGGAGCCUGAUGAUACCUCAUUCAGUCUGUCUUCUUUAUCAGAGAAAAAUGCCUCCGACAGUUUGUGA